AUGCCCAGCCUCGCCAUGAUCUUCCACAAACGUGCGCCAUCUGGAGCUUCUACUCUGGCCGGCCCGCCGGGGCCCGGUGGUCGUGGCCAGCUUCCCAUGUUGCAAAUGCCUGAUAGACUGCGGUAUAACCUGCUUUGUGUAAUGGGCGAGUUUGUCGGCACAUUCUUGUUCUUGUUCUUCUCGUUUGCCGGAACCCAAGUGUCUAAUACACCAAUGCCUCCGCCUGGCUCUUACCCAAAUACUUCGAAUCUUCUAUACUCGGCUCUUUCUUUCGGUUUCGCCUUGACUGUCAAUGUUUGGGCAUUCUUCCGCGUGACUGGCGGUCUCUUCAACCCAGCGGUGACGCUAGCUCUUUGUAUCACUGGUGGACUACCUCCGAUGCGUGGUCUGUUUGUGUUCCCUGCACAGUUAGUUGGUGGUAUUGCCGCGGCAGGUGUUGUUAGCGCUCUGUUCCCAGGCCCCUUGAAUUGUGCCACCAGAUUGGGUGGCGGUGCUUCGAUCUCACAGGGUCUUUUCAUCGAGAUGUUUCUCACUGCCCAAUUGGUCUUGGUCAUUAUUAUGUUGGCAGUGGUCAAGCACAAGUCUACCUAUCUUGCUCCCGUCGGUAUUGGUCUCACAUUCUUCGUCGCAGAAUUGAUCGGUGACUACUAUACCGGCGGUUCUCUGAAUCCAGCACGCUCGUUAGGCCCCGAUGUGAUCAACCGCAGCUUCCCCGGAUAUCAUUGGAUUUACUGGGUUGGACCUCUCCUAGGCUCACUCCUUGCCUCUGCAUUCUACCAUCUCCUCUGCCUCGCCGGCAAGACCGAGUCUUCGGCUGCGUCGGAGCACACUGUCACUGAUGGCCUGCACCAUCAUCCAGAGGGUGAGACAAGGCAACAGGUGCCUGUUCAGCAGCAGGUGUCUCCCGAGGAGCAGGUUUGA